CCACGACCCAGGCUGUCACCGAUGGUGGCAUGACGACAUGGGAAGAACAAUACCUGCUCUCUUAAAGAAGUGUAUUGGAAUGUUGCAGACGUUCUUUAGGACGGAUAUUAGCUGAAUAUUGGAAAGAUUAUUGUGGGGCACGGAAGAAGAGGUUCAAAUAUCGAUAUUCAUUUUGGUACUCAUCCCCAGUUACUGUUAAUUGCAAAAUUGCCGUUUGCCCUCGCUCAACUUCAGUAUCGAAACAUCCGCGGAUGAAAAUAUUAAUUUCGUAUACAGUGUUGUUCCAUUCACUUGCAGCUGGCGACUUCAGUGGAACUCUGGACAAUUAAUUUUGCAUUUGAAACACGAUUAAUGCUAUUUUAGCCAUGGCAUUCCAUAAGCAGUUCAGGCUCUAACCCUAAAUAGACGACAAAACGCAAAACUGAAUUUCAUCAUGUGAAGAACUCGUCACCUCCAUGAAAUGUUGACACCCCGCACACGAAAUAACGAACGACUUAAGGUUUUCUCUCAGGCAUUGCGCGACCAUAGAAGCUGUCGGGAAUGGAAGCGUGCGGGGCCGUCGGGAAGCGGAUCGCCAUGGCCAUCCCCGUCCUGUUGGGCGUCGCCAUCUACCUCCACAAGGAGGACCCUUCGUACUUGGCCGUCCUCUAUCGCAUCCCCGGCAUGGGGCAACUCGCCAGGUUCUGGGCAGGGGGCGAAGAGAUGUGGGAGAAGUCGCCGGAGGGGCCGCCGCGGGCUGGACGGGGGCGGCAGUGGGCGGAUGGAGAGCGCGGGGACGGCUCCCUCAGAGAUCUCCUGUUCGCCCCGGAGGAGCUGGCGAAGUACAACGGAAGGAAGAAGAGGGAGCUCUAUCUGGCCAUUCUCGGACGGGUUUAUGACGUCUCUUCCGCCCGCAAUUAUUAUGGCAAAGGCGGCUUCUACGAGCCCUUCACUGGGCGUGACGCGUCCCGGGCGUUCCUGACCGGAGACUUCUCCGACGGCGGCCUCACGGACGAGGUGUCCGGCCUCACGGACGAAGACUACCGGGCUCUCGACGAGCAGGCCGACUUCUACGACAGCAAAUAUAAAUACGUCGGAAAGGUGAUGGGCAGGUACUUCGACGAGAGGGGGAAGAUGACUGCUUACGGGAAGCAGGUGGAGCGGUGGAUUCGAGAGGCGAAAGCAGCGGAGGAGCUGCAGGACGCGCGAGCCUUCCCCCCGUGUCACUCCGAGUGGAAGCAGGGGCAGCCGCCCCGGGUAUGGUGCGACCGGAGGAGGUAUCAUUUAGCUUUCAGAUGCUUUCCACGUUCAAUGUUGGCUCGUGCCGAUGCUUUUGAGGGGAACUCGGAAUACUGGAAUUCAGGCACCUUACCUUCUUUUUUUUUCAAUGCAUGGUUGUGACCAUUCUGAGGAAGUCCCCACUUGCAGGUGACAUGGUUCAUCCCGGAACGUAUACCUUUUCAGUGAACGGCCAAUCGCCAUGAGUCGAAGCACAGCAGUUUCGUCGGUGACAGCGUCAAACCUAUUCAGGAACGACGGAAAUUGUUUCAUGAUUUCCAUUCAAUUGUUCUCACAUUUUUCAUUUUUCUCUCUAAAUACUAUUUCCCCUACAGACCUCCCGCUGAACCUUUGUGUCAUUAUUUUUACACGAUGAAAGAAAGUUCCCGCACUACCUCACUAAUUAUUCACUAGACACUUUCCUAGAAUGAUUCCAUUUCUCAUAUAAUAUCUUUGGUAUAUUUGACUGGAUGACUUGCGACGUUCCACGAUCGAGGUCACUCGUCUUUUGCAGUUAAAAAGCCUAAAAAGUUUCGCAUGGACUCCCUCACAAAAACAUUGAACCGAAAUACUCAUUUCACAGCGGAGGCAUCGUUCGAGACUGGGCGGGAGUCCCACGGAAGGUGGACACGCCCGGAGGAGGCACGCGAUGCGUGUGCGUGAGGAACACCGGGACGCCCACCCACCGAUACGCCGGCGCGGACGACCGCGGCGACCUGGAGA